AUGCCGGCCCCGUUCAAUGCCCAGCCCGAUCAAGAGUCCUAUCCCCUGAACAUCAAAUCCGAUGAUUCGGACGUUGCAAGACACGCCGGCCCGGAUCUUAUCGCUCAAAUCACCGAGGACGUGCGGAAGAAAGUCAUAGAGAGCCUCCACACAUCAGGCAGCCUACGACCAGAGACUGCGGCGCCAAAGCAUGAUUCCGAGCGUGGCAAAUCCACCAGCGGCGCCGGCGUAGCUGAAAUCCGGGAGUCAGAUGCUGACCUGCGCGACCUCUGGGCCUCGCGGCGGGUUCAGCGGCUGGAGGCUGAGCUAGAGCAAGCCAAGCAAGAGAGUGCGGCUGAGAAAGAAGCUAGGUUGGACCUUGAGGUCAAACACAGCGGUGUGAUGGAGGAGAAGGCCCGGCUGGUGGAAGCGAUAGCAUCAUUCGUCCACGGCUUCCACAGCGUCAUCGACAGCACAAACGCAGCGCAUCGUGUCCUCGCAAACGCCUAUUCCAUGCUCAGCGCCGACUCUGUCGAGGCAAUCACCUCUCGCAUGGACGAGAUCACAGCCGCAAACGGAGCAGCUGGCAAGUGUCUCAAAGACACUGAGGUAUGA